UUAUUGAAGUUAGGGUUUUAACUUUAUAUAAAAAAAUCUAUAGAAAUAAAUCUCCUAAAUUCUCCUUUUAUACUUUUACUGUCUCUAAGCACCCUGCACAGAAAAACCCCUCAAUUCUAGUAUUUUUAGAACAUUCCAUGGCAUUCUUAGUAUUUCCACGAAGGGUCACACUAUCACAUCGGAUUUCAUUUAAAUUGAGUUGACAGCUCCACUCUGGCAAAUAAAAAUUGUUUUUUGCUCGUCGCAAAACGAAUAAAUAUCAUUCGGAUUCGAUUAACUCAAAACUGGCUAUUGAAAUCGUGAAACAAAAUGGCGCGUCGUUCCAAUUUUAUUGAAGGCAACGACAAUUUUCGCGACCAGAACUUGCGAUUUGUGAGGAACGAGUUCGAGGACAACAUUAACCAGUUCUUCGGAGGUGCCAAUCCGGAAGACAACGGCCCGCAGCAGAAGCCGCCGCCACGGGACUCUUUAAUUGUCCAGCCGACCGCAGGAAGCAGCGAGCUGGACAAUCGGCGCCAAUUUCUCCGCGACCUGGGCGCCAGUCGGGUGUUGGCCAACGCCCUGGCACAGCGCACCUUCAAUGUGCCCAAGUUCAACCUGCGCCAGUUCCAGCGCCAGAGGUUCCGCCUCAGCGUCGAGCUGGGCGACAGUCACCAGGAUGUGGUGGACAAGGAGGUGCUUCGUGCCAUCGAGGAUGCGGUGGAUGGCCACGACGAAGUCGAGUCGCGUCCACGCACUCCAUCGCCCCCGCGGAACAUUGAUUGGCACUUUGCCAAGCGGGAUAAUUCGCCGGUGAGGAACGACCGAUCACGCCCUAGGAAUCGUCAAAGGGAGGAAAACUUCCCAGACCGGAGGGACAACAAGCGCGGAAUCGUGGAACAGCGGGAGCCAAUCAAUAGGAAUGCUGGGCCUGUAAAUGCUCCGAUCAAUCGAAAUCGGAAUAUUAAUCGCAAUAAUCUUGCCGAGAAUCCUACAGUCGAAUUCAGUCGUAACAACCGUGGUGCAAUCCAGCAGGAUCCCAAUCGCGGUAAUCGUAAUGCAAAUGCGCAGGACAUUAAUCGAAAUAGUCGGAAUAUGGACAGAACUGAAUUUAAUCGAAAUAAUCGCAACGCAAACGACCUAGAACCCAACCCGGAUAAUCGAAAUGCAAUUUUCAACAGAAAUGAGAGUUCACGUCCUAAUCCACAGGAAUUCCGUGGUCCUAACAGAAAUGCAAAUCCCCAGGAAUUCAAUAGAAAUACAAAUGCCCAGGAAUUCAAGCGCUCAAAUAGAAAUCAAAAUCCACAGGAUUUCAAUCGCCCUAUAAGAAAUCAAAAUCCCCAGGAGUUCAAUCGCAAUAAUCGUAAUGCCAAUCCACAGGAAUUCAAUCGUAAUAUCCGUAAUGCUAAUGAGCAGAAAUUUAAUCACAAUCGUUAUGCAAGCAAUGAUGAAUUCAAUCGCAAUAAUCGUAAUCGAAACAAUGAUGAAUUCAAUCGAAAUAAUCGUAAUGCUAACAACAAUGCAUUCCCUCAGGGACCCAACCGUAAUAACCGUCUUGCUAAUGCACAAUUCAUUCGUAAUACUUUUGAAGAGGAACCCAGCUUCAAUAACCAACAUGUUCAAGGACCAAAUCACAACACCAACUAUCGUGGUCAGGUGCCAAACAGAGUUCAUCCCUCAAACUAUGAUCAUUCCCAAGUAAACAACAAUCGCAGGCCGGGUAAUCAGAAAUUCGUUCCUAUUCAACAAUCCAACUUGGAUCGAAAUGCUAUGAUCGAUGACGACAUACAGUUGCCCACAGAUCGAUUCCGUUCGCCUGAAGCCCACCCAAAACAUGGGCCAUAUAUUGAUCAGGAUCCAAGGACCAACCGUGGACCACAAACGGGUCGCAAUUAUCAGCGCAUUGUGAAUGACAAUCAAAUAAUACUAUGCCGUACCGACUGGACUAACUCAAACGAAGGGAGUCCAGAUCACUAUGGGCAAAACGAGUACGUACCCGAUGAACGCGAGCUGCUUGAGGAUGCACAUUUCAUGGACGACACAGAUGAAGCAAUUAUGAAUGAUGAUCAUUCUGGAGAGGAGUACGAAACUUUUAGUAGCCCAGAAGAGCGCGAGUUCAAUCGGCGUUCCAGGGGUAACCAACCCAACCACCGAGAUCAUAACAUCGAUGAUCGUAAUGCAUAUGGACGCAAUCGCAACGAUCGUAACUUCGAGGGCAUUAGGCGCCAGUUCGAUCGAGAACUCGAUCGCCGCAACUUAAACGACGACUUCAAUCAGCGAAACAACUCUUCGCGUGGCGGUGACAUCCAACGCUUUCCCCGAAGGGAGGAUGACACAUUCCUAGACUCAAAUAACCCUGAUUUUCCGCCGAACUAUCAACAAACUAUUCGCCGUGGAUCGGGUUCUGGAAAUCGUUACCACGACUCCAGUUCUAACAGACCCAUGGGUCCCAAUCAAACCAGAGUUGGCCAUUCCGGAGGUCCUAUACAAUACGGAACUAAUUUGAACCCAAACAGAUCCAGUCUAGAUCGUAAAAUGACUAAAAAUAUAAACCCUGGAAGGAAGCCACAAAGCAGAUCGAGUUCAUACAUCAGUACUGGCGCUCCUAAUCAACCCAGGUCAAAUUCAAUCACAUCUCAAACUCGUGGUGGCAGCAAUCCAAAUCGAUUGGCAAGUCAAUAUCGCAGUGCAACCUCACGGAAUGUCAAAUCGGGUGCUCCCAAUCUAGGAAGCGCAAGUCCGAGCCUAUCUCGAUAUGAAAAUCCUGGCAUUCCAAACCAAAAUAUCAAGAAGUCAGCGGUUCCACCCAACAAACCUAUGAUCACCAAUCCUGGUGCAUCCAAACUUGGCCAGCCGGUAAUCAAACCGAAACCACAGGCAACUAAGAACAACGCGGCCAUGGCGAAACCACGCGCUGGGCAAAAAAGAAAAGCUGAGGCCACAAAGUUAGGGGCUAACAAAGCCGAGCCAAAACGCCAGAGAGCGGAAACAGAUCGCAGCUUCAUCAUAGGCGGAAUUAGCCUACCGUACAUCAACAGCAAUAUCAAGCAGCUGCCACAACCGGAGGCGGAGUCGUACGCGGUGACCUUCUUCGAGCAAACGCCCAUCUACAACACAAACAUUUAUGCCAAUGACGAUGGCGAUGUUGAUGAAGACGAAGAUAUGGACGAGGAGGACAUGUCCGAUGCUGAAUCUCUGGACUCGGACCGGUCUGGUGUUCAGUCAAAAGUGAAAGGACGCAACUCCAAGAAGAAAAUGAGCGCCCAGCUGCGCAAGGAGUGGACAAAAAUCUAUAGAACCAAUAACUACAAGGACUGGCACGCCUGGUGGAGGGAUUACAAGUGGUGCGGCAGCGAGAUCAACAAAAAGCUGGACAAGUACGGAGACCGCAAUCUGCGCCACCGCUUUGCUCCCAUCGGCCCAAAAGGCUUGACCGAACAGGCGAUCAAUCAGAUUUUCAAAGCGGGCUACAUGGGUCUGGAGAAGAACACCUUCAGCCAUUACCGCAACAUGCGUUCGAUUUUCCUUCUGAUGAACGAAACGUUCCUCCAAAGUUUGUCUGAUGAGCAAAUGGAAAAGUUGCAGGACCUGAUACGUGGCAUACCAAAUCACUUGUGGCUCUACAAGAUCCGCAGCAUGGUCUACCUUUGGGAAAGGUACCACGGCACUCUUAAAACCCAAGGGCCCAAAAAUAUCAAAAGCACUAAGGAAAUUCAAACCAUUGCGCGAAAAUGGAAAAAUCCAGUCUUUCACUGGUUAGCCAAGCAGGCCUUUGAUGAGCUUAAGGCAAUCAGCGAGAUCGCGUGGCCGGAUCAUAAUAAAAUCUAUCCCGGCUUGAAAUCGUAAUUAAAUGCGCAACGUAUUGCCAAAUGACUUGUAGCUUGAUGUGUUUUAGAUUGUAAACGGAAUAAAAGCCAAAUAAAGCAAGGGUUUUUCUUCUGCAAUGGACAAUA